CCAUGUCACGAUUCGGCCGCAGAUUCGUUACAUGUAAACGCGCCUGCACCCUAUGAUUUGGCAACGAUAGAAGCGAGCCAUCAUCGCACGGUUUCCUCAUUGCGUCUGUGCCUCCGUUGCUAGACUGGCGCGUUUGUACUGAAGGGAAAAGAGAUCGUGCGUCGUGUGGAUUCUUUUCGCGGAGAGCACCGAGGAUUGUGAACGAUGACUGAUCCGAAGAGUGGUGAAGAUCUGGCGACAGCUAUUCUUCGCAAGAAGGAUAGGCCAAACAGAUUGUUGGUCGAUGAAGCAAUUGCAGAUGACAAUUCCGUGGUUGCACUUUCUCAAGCAAAAAUGGACGAAUUACAACUGUUUCGUGGAGAUACUGUAUUGCUAAAGGGCAAAAGGCGUAAGGAGACAGUGUGUAUUGUUCUUUCAGAUGAUACUUGUCCAGAUGAAAAGAUUCGUAUGAACCGUGUUGUUAGAAACAACUUACGUGUACGUCUGAGUGAUGUAGUCUCUGUACAAGCAUGUCCAGAGGUUAAGUAUGGGAAGCGCAUCCAUGUAUUGCCAAUGGAUGAUACAGUUGAUGGUCUUACUGGAAAUCUAUUUGAAGUCUAUUUAAAACCAUAUUUCCUGGAAGCAUACCGACCUAUUCAUAAGGAUGAUAACUUUAUUGUACGAGGAGGUAUGCGAGCUGUGGAAUUCAAAGUUGUAGAAACUGAUCCAGGACCGUUUUGCAUCGUUGCGCCUGAUACAGUGAUACAUUGUGAAGGUGAUCCAAUAAAACGAGAGGAAGAGGAGGAAGCAUUGAAUGCUGUGGGUUACGAUGAUAUUGGUGGUGUUCGUAAGCAGUUGGCACAAAUCAAGGAAAUGGUAGAGUUACCACUGCGUCAUCCAUCUCUUUUCAAAGCUAUCGGUGUUAAGCCACCACGUGGUAUAUUAUUAUAUGGACCACCAGGAACGGGAAAAACUCUUAUUGCACGCGCAGUGGCAAACGAGACCGGAGCAUUUUUCUUUCUUAUAAACGGUCCUGAAAUUAUGAGCAAAUUGGCUGGCGAAUCUGAAAGCAAUCUGCGAAAGGCUUUCGAGGAGGCGGAAAAGAAUUCUCCAGCCAUUAUAUUUAUUGAUGAAUUAGAUGCAAUUGCACCGAAACGUGAAAAGACGCAUGGUGAAGUCGAAAGACGUAUUGUAUCACAAUUGUUGACAUUGAUGGAUGGCAUGAAGCAAAGUUCUCAUGUGAUCGUAAUGGCAGCUACUAAUCGGCCGAACAGCAUUGAUGGAGCAUUGCGUCGAUUUGGACGGUUUGAUAGAGAAAUUGAUAUCGGUAUACCAGAUGCCACUGGCCGAUUGGAAAUUUUGAGAAUCCACACGAAGAAUAUGAAACUUGCUGAUGAUGUGGACUUAGAAGAGAUUGCAGCAGAAACUCAUGGACAUGUCGGAGCCGAUUUAGCAUCUUUAUGUUCGGAAGCAGCUCUUCAACAAAUCCGCGAGAAGAUGGACCUGAUUGAUUUAGAAGAUGACCAUAUAGAUGCGGAAGUUCUAUCCUCUUUGGCAGUAACUAUGGAGAACUUUAAGUAUGCAAUGACGAAGAGCAGUCCAAGUGCUCUACGUGAGACGAUCGUGGAGGUACCGACGGUUACUUGGGAUGAUAUUGGAGGUUUACAAAAUGUUAAAAUGGAAUUGCAAGAAUUGGUGCAGUAUCCAGUGGAACAUCCUGAUAAAUUCUUGAAAUUCGGUAUGCAACCGUCAAGAGGCGUAUUAUUUUAUGGACCGCCUGGUUGCGGUAAGACACUAUUGGCCAAAGCGAUCGCCAACGAGUGCCAAGCGAAUUUCAUUUCUGUCAAGGGUCCUGAAUUGUUAACUAUGUGGUUUGGAGAAUCGGAAGCUAAUGUCAGAGAUGUCUUCGAUAAGGCAAGAUCAGCAGCACCUUGUGUAUUGUUCUUUGAUGAACUUGAUUCUAUCGCGAAAUCUCGAGGAGGCAGUGUUGGCGAUGCUGGUGGUGCGGCGGAUCGUGUGAUAAAUCAGAUAUUAACGGAAAUGGAUGGCAUGGGCGCGAAAAAAAAUGUAUUUAUUAUAGGAGCGACAAAUCGUCCCGAUAUCAUUGAUCCGGCAAUUUUACGGCCCGGUAGAUUAGAUCAAUUGAUUUAUAUACCAUUGCCAGAUGAGAAAUCUCGAGAAGCGAUAUUCCGCGCUAAUCUCCGAAAAUCGCCCGUAGCUAAGGAUGUAGAUCUAAGCUACAUAGCCAAAGUUACACACGGUUUUUCUGGUGCUGAUUUGACAGAAAUCUGCCAACGCGCGUGUAAACUUGCCAUUAGACAAUGUAUUGAGACGGAAAUUCGAAGGGAAAAGGAACGAGCAAAUAAUCCAUCCGCAUCUAUGGAUAUGGAUGAGGAUGAUCCUGUACCAGAAAUAACGCGAGCUCACUUCGAGGAAGCAAUGAGGUUUGCGCGUCGUUCAGUAUCUGACAACGAUAUUCGCAAGUAUGAAAUGUUUGCGCAAACGCUUCAGCAAUCUCGAGGUUUUGGGACUAAUUUCAGAUUUCCACAAAGUGCAGCAGGCGGCGCUCAAGAUAACACACAAGGCGAUCAAGCCUUUCAAGAUGAUGGAGAUGACGAUCUCUAUAGCUAAGUUUUCGUUUCCUUGUAUGUCAUUACAGUGAGCAUACGACAAAAGGGCCUGUCUGUUACCACAUAAUAUAUUACACAGGAAUCGUUUUUAAGUGAUGCAAUUGAAAUAUAUAAAGAGCGAAAAUAAAAUGGAUGAGAUAAUGGAAAUUUUAUAUGAAAUACAUAUAACUUUGUGUUUGUAGAAAAAGGGCGUGGACCCUAAUCAAUGUAGUUAAGAAACAUUCGGAUAUAAAAUAACGAUUGGAAACAUACUUUGUCACACAAUUAUUUUCGCGUUUAACCAUUUUUAUUAACGAAACGGACUUGGCCUUUCAACAGAACUGUUAUAUGAAAUUAUUUUUUUCCUUAUCAUCAAUCAACGUAAUGACUGCAUGGAUGCGAUGGGAAUAUAAUCGCAUGUUUGAUUAAUAAUUACACGAAACAAGAAGAUUAUUACAAAGUGAAACUUUACACGGAAUGCAUACACACAUAUAGGAAUAUAGAUAUUACAACCGCGAUUGUACAUGCGAUCAUGUAUUUUGUUGAGCUUGAAUUCGGAAUAGACCCUUUUGCUGCAUCAUCACUGUAUUUUAUGAGAAUACAUUUUGUUGUUCAUACACACAAUCACGCAUUGCAGUAAUAUAAAAAUUUAUGCCAUGUCGAGAUGAGAUUGUCAGUUGAUGAUGAUGUAUGUUGACAAUUUUGCAAAUAUCUCUCAAUAGUAAAUUAAUCCAUAUACGACGAUAAAAAGCCUUUUUAAAUCUCGUCAUUCGAAUCACACAAUUAUUUUCAUUAUAACCAUUCGCAGUUUUAUAAACGUUGAAAUUUCUGAUGAAUGAAGCAGCCGAAUAAGAUUAUUAAAUAUAAUACGAAUAAAA